AUGGUAGUAGAGGAGCUUGUGGUAUCUCUCUCCGGAGGUGGUCCAUGGGGCUUCAGACUCCAGGGAGGAGCAGAGCACCAAAAACCUCUCCAGGUGGCCAAGGUGCGCAAGCGCAGCAAAGCGUGCAGAGCCGGGUUGAAGCAGGACGAUGAGCUGGUUGCUAUCGAUGACCACACGUGUGCAGAACUCAGUCACGCUCAAGCCAUGAACCUCAUUGAUACAAAGAAAGCUACACUGAACCUGAGGGUUAAGAGGGCUCCGUCAGCUCUGUCUGGUCGCUCAGCAUCCCCCCGCUCCUCUGUGAGGGUCCUGUCUCCUCCUGCAGCCUCCCUGUCCUCCAACCAUCUCUCUGUCCUCUCUCCCACCGAGGGAGGGCCUCGGUGCAUCACGUCUCCGCCGGACAGUGAGGCCUAUUAUGGAGAGACAGACAGUGAUGCAGACACGCAGACACACAUUCAUCGGCGCCAACGACGCACGCCACCACAUGCCAGAUCGCCCAGCCGCUAUGACAACCAGGAGGAGGAGGAGACCUCAGAGAUGAGUGGGUAUGAGAGUGCCCCUGAUGGAGGGGUUUGCCUGCAGGGUCAGUGGGAGAGAAUGGGGCAAGGGGAGGCUCCACCCGGCAUCCCCCGGAGAGAGCUGGUCUACCAGCCCUCGCAGACAGAGUGGGCCACCUUGGCCCACACCCCACAGCCCCUCACCCCCACCCCUGAUCAGGGCCUGAUGGAGGGAGAAGGAGAGGGGGACAGCGGCUUCCAGGAGGUGGGGGGCUGCAUAGCAAUGGCAUGCCCGCCACUUGUGUCCCCUGAGCGCGCUAAAGAGGCUUUGAUGCUAGGAUCCGGCAGACAGCUGGUGCCGAUGGUCGGGCCACAGCUGACCCCCCUCAGCGACGAGCUGUCCACCACCUACAUGGACAAAGCACGGCAGGCUAAGCUGCAGCGCGGGGAGAGUGUGGUGGAGAAGCAGGUGAAAGAGGCUCGUACCAAAUGCCGCUCUAUUGCCUCUUUGCUGACUGAUGCCCCAAACCCCAACUCCAAAGGGGUGCUUAUGUUCAAGAAGCGCCGGCAGAGGGCCAAGAAGUACACGCUCACUUGCUUUGGCAAAGCGGAGGGAGACGGAGGAGCGGAAACAGAGGGAGAGACGGGAGGAGAGACGGAAGAGGAGGGAAGCAGUUCAGUCCUAAGUGGCUCAGAGGUGGAUGAGGACGGCUUCUCAGCAUCCUUUGACCCUACGUGGGAUAGCGGCUAUCUCGACCUCCUGGACAGGAGAAGCUCCGCCUGCCCAUCAACAACACCAAAUACUCCAACAACGCCGGUAAUCAAUUACAGCCAAGGGCUAGAUACCUCAACCAAUCAGAGUCUGGGGCUCAUCACCUCUGUUUAUCAAAGCCCAGGGUUGGAGAUUCCAGGACAGGACAGCUCAGCCUAUAAGGGCUUAAAGCUGGAGAGCGACAGCAUGAAGCAGCCUCUCAGAGCUAACCCUGUUCCUAACCCUGCCCACCUAACUCCCCCAGCUGUGGCCAUGAUCAAUGGAGGGUCAGUAGCUAUUAGCCGAGCUAGCGUUGUUCUGAGCCCACCUCCACAGACACCUCAUUCAAACCAAACUGGAUGCCACCCUAAUCCUGAUUCCACUCCUAAUCCUCUUCUUAACGCUCAUCCUAUUAUGAACUCUGAACCCAAUGCCAACAAUAACCACAGCUCUAACACAGGGGGCGUUCUCAAUCGCACCGCGCGGCCCUUCACGCCAGGUCCCACCUCCUCUCGUUCAAAUGUUACCCCUGUCAUGUUCCGCCCUCCCCAACCCAAACAAUCCACCGUAACCACAGUGACAAAGCCAGUGGCAGCGGUUUCCAUGGUGACCAUCCCACCUCCGCGCCUGUCAUCAGCACCGGAGGCUAGGAGAGCGGUGUCCAGCACCACUCUCUACAUACCUCCUAGAAAUAACGUUCACUCCCCUGCCUCGCACUUCACCCCUCCUCCUCCUCCUCCUUCUGCUCCUCCCCUCCACUCUUCUCUGUCAGCUCCUCUCUCCCCACCUCUCCACACAAAUCCACCCUCAUUUUCUCCUCACGCUGUCAACUUUUCUCCCUCCUAUACCCCACUCCCCUCUUCCGCUGCUCCACCUCUCUUCCCUGUGGCUCAGGGCCCUCCGAGCUAUCCUUCGGCCACUCAGCCCUUCUCCCCUCCACCCCCACACACUCCUAACGGCUCUUCCUGGUGUCCUCCUUCCUCUGGCAUUGCUGCCUCACCCCCUUCCAUCUCCCACCCCCCAGCUCAGAGCCAGGUCAAUGUUCAGGUCCAAGCUCCACCUCCUCCCACUGCCAAGGCUCAACUGGCCCCACCUCCUUUCUUCAACUCCGGUGAUGCCACAGUGACUGCAGCGCCCCCCCAGGCUCCAGCCCCUGAUUCACUAGACUCACGUGAGCAGCGCAUCUCUGUCCCUGCUGCUCGCACUGGCCUCCUGCAGGACGCCCGUCGCCGCAGCGUCAAGAAGCCCAUGUUUAGUGCAUUGCAGAAGAAAGAUGUUUCCCCAAACCCGGCGCUGCUCUCCAUGCUCCAAAACAUGGAUGAUCAUACUGGGGCAGGUGGCUCUGUGGGGUGCAUCGGAUCUGGCCCUGGGCUUAGUGGAGAUGCGGGGCACGAGUCUGGGCCCGAGGAAGACUGGUUGAGGCUGGGAGCCGAGGCCUGCAACUUCAUGCAGGCUCAGAGGGGACCUAGACCCCCUCCCAUAGCCCCAAAACCCCAAACACCACAGCUGCCCCAGCUGGGGGGGAAAGGAGGUCAGCUGUUUGCCCGCAGGCAGAGUAGGAUGGAUCGUUAUGUGGUGGAGCGUUCUCCAUCAGUUGUAGCUGCACCUUACUGCCCUGCCCAGACCAGAGAGCCCUCUCCCACACCCUCACUUCCUGCAGCCUGGAAGUACUCCUCAAACAUCCGCGCCCCUCCCCCUAUCAGCUACAACCCCCUUCUUUCCCCAUCCUGCCCUCUCAAGGCCCAAAAGACACAGAGAGCUGAGGUGUCCAAGCCUGGGCCAGGUGGCUCUAAAGCAGGAGGCAAGAAAAGAGGCGUUAAGCCUGUGGAUAUCAUGGGCCACAAGCCAUACCAGCUCAGCUCCUCUCUCUUCAGCUACGGGGGUGGUACGCCACAGAACACCCCCAAAUAUCAGCAACCAACAAAGACAGCCCGCGUAUGUGAAGUCAAACGCUUCUCCACGCCCCCUCCCACGGCCACAGCGCCCACCUUGAAAGUUAUUGCCCCUCGCUCUGCCACAACUCUAGGAGAGCCUUUGUGGCGCUCUGAUGUCUCGUCCCCUCCACCCGCUCCUGCUCCCACCUUCCUCCAACACUACCAGCAUCAGCCUCAACCCACCAACACACCCUACACGCCUCAAUGGGCCUCCUCCCCGCUGUCUCCUCCACCUCCCCCAGCACCUACAGCCCCCCUGCCUCAGCUCCCAACUCUCUCCUCUGCUCCUGCACCAAACCUGGUCCAAGUUCCUACUUUCUCCCACAUCCAGUCCUCCACCACCGGCCAGGCAAACAGGCCCUUUAAAAGUGCUCCAGAUUUGAGUCCCCUGAGUCCUGCUGAUGCCCCACAGCCUGCAUACAGCAGCAGCAACCCGCCUACCAGGGUCCCAAGGCCCAGAUUUAGCACUUCCAACCUGGGCCUGCAGCCCCACAUCUGGCGUCCCGGGUCCAAUAUGCAUUAG